AUGGAGGCGUCCAAGGAGAUCAAGCCGCCCGUGGCAAACCCUGCCGAUUCACAGCCAACCAAACAGGCUGAACUCGCCUCGUCCUCUCAACCUUUAGACAAUAAUGAGAAGGACGAAGCCGACGACAACGUAUUGGAACGGCACUCGUCGGCUGCUCCCUCAGAGGAGCCAGAAUAUCCCGGGUCCGCGCAGGUUGCGGUCAUCAUGGCUUGCAUCCUGAGCGCCAUCUUCCUCAUGUCUCUGGACCGAACCAUUAUUGCAACAGCCAUCCCCCGGAUGACGGACGAGUUUCACAGCAUCCAAGAUAUCGGCUGGUAUGGCAGCGCCUUCAUGGUCACAACUUGCUGCUUCCAGCUCCUCUGGGGUAAGGUCUACACCUUCUACCCGGCCAAGUACGUCUUUCUCGCGCUCUUCGGCAUCUUCGAGAUCGGCUCCGCCAUCUGCGGGGCGGCGCCUAGCUCACUCGUCUUCAUCAUCGGGCGCGCCAUCGCCGGCAUGGGUAGCGCAGGGAUCUUGUCUGGCGCCAUCGUCCUCAUGAUGGGGGCCGUGCCCCUGGCGAAGAGGCCGCUGUAUAACGGCUUCUUCAGUGCCGUCCUGGGCACGUCUUCGGUGGUCGGCCCGCUCCUCGGCGGCGCGUUCACGAGUAGGGUCACUUGGCGGUGGUGCUUCUUCAUCAACCUCCCCAUUGGGGGCGCGGCCAUGGUUGUCAUCUUCUUCGCGCUGAAGCCGUCCCCAGUGGCAGUUCCGGGCCUGACGGUCCGCCAGCAGCUACAAAAACUGGAUCUCCUCGGUGAGCUGUUUCUCUUCCCUUCGCUGAUCUGUCUGCUUCUGGCGCUCCAAUGGGGAGGAAUCACGUACGACUGGAACAGCUGGCGCGUUAUUCUCCUGCUCGUCAUGUUCGCCGUCUGCCUGGUCGUCUUUAUCGUGGUAGAGGUUCUGAGACAGGAGAAUGCAACCAUCCAGUUGGAGGUCAUCAAGAACCGCACCGUGGUCUCGGCCAUGUGGUACAUGUUCUGCCUCGCCUCGACUAUGCUUCUUCUUAUCUACUAUCUCCCCAUCUGGUUCCAGGUCAUCAAGGGCAAGAGCGCCGUGGACUCUGGCGUUGCCACGCUCCCGUUCGUCAUAUCCCUCGUGGUCGCGAGCACUUUGUCCGGUCAGCUUGUGGGCCGCCUGGGCUACUACACGCCUUUUACCAUGCUCUCUUCCGUUCUGAUGCCCAUCGGCGCGGGGCUUCUUUCGACGUUCAAAGUCAACACGGGUAUCGGGAGCUGGAUCGGAUUCCAGAUCAUUCUCGGCUUCGGUAUCGGUCUGGGGCUCCAACAUGGUCCCAUUGCCGUGCAGACGGUGCUCCAGCGGAAACAUAUACCGAUGGCGGUGUCACUCGUCUUCUUCUGCCAGCAGCUCGGGGGCGCCAUCUUCGUCUCUGUCGGCCAGAACGUGCUCAACCGCAAGCUCAUCGAGGGGCUCACCGACGCCGUCAAGGACCUGGAUCCGCAAAUUAUUGUGAACACCGGCGCAACGGCUUUGCGCGACAUCUUACCGGCAGCAGACCUACCUACCGUGCUUUUAAAGUAUAACGAGGCGAUCAGAUGGGUAUUUAUUGUCGGCGCUGUCACGGCAUCGCUGUCGGCGCUGGGAUCCUUCACGUUGGAGUGGAAGAGCGUGAAGGGCGACGAGAAGCCCAAAUCAACUAGUAAGGACGGGUGA